AUGAAUUAAAAAAAAUCAUAUUCUCAUUUAGAGAUUCAUCUAGAAACCCUGGAAACUAUCUGGGUUCAACAUUCAGGGUUUCUAGAGAGGAUAACUUAAGAAAGUGGAGUUAAUUUCUACUAUUAACAAAAUUUUAUUGUUUUAGUAGGUAUGUAUUGUUUUAUUAUUAUGAAGGGAAUUUGAAUUAUUGUGAGAAAGCGGCUUAAAGAAUUUAUACAAAAAUAUAUGAUGACUUUAUUAUGCAGAUUGAAUAAUUUAGAAAUAAUGAAGAGAUCAAACCUUUUUAUUAACUAUUUUAAUAACCCCAAUAUAGAGAAUUAAGUAAAGGCAAUCAAGGAUUUUGGAUUUAUUCAGCUUAAUCUCUUAUGAAAUAAUAUCUAAACAUGGAAUCAAGAGGAUAUUAAUCUAUUUUUCCAGAUCUACCUAAACAUAUCCUUAUUACUUGGUUCCCUAAAAAUAAUAUGUUAUAUCUAUAAUAAUAGAUUUUCUAAAUGAUUGGUUUUAGAUAUAAACAAUAGAAUUUAAAAGCAAAAUAUUAAUUUGAUGUUUAAUAAAAUGUGACAGCUUUAGAAGCUAUAUCCAUUUAUCUUAAUUUAAAUUUAUAAGAAAUUAUGAAUUAACAUUAACUAUUAAUAGAGCUAAACUAAAUACCUAAUUAAAUUUUCUUGGUGAUCAAAGCAAAUAAUAAGAAUGCAAUUCCUGAAACCUAUAAGAUAUUAGAGGAUCAUUUGGAAAGAAGGAAAUUCUGGUCUAUAGCGUAUUUACAAAUAAAAUUUACUUCAAACAAUCUAUUUUAUUUAAAGAAGAACUUAAAUGAAUAAAUCAGAACUAAUUCCAUAAUCAAUUUAUAUACUUAUGAAGAAGUAGUACUUGAAUCCAAGAGAUUAGAUUAAUAAUUUAAUAUAAAUUUGAAUGAAAUUAUAGUUCAGAGACACAGUAUAUCUAAAAUUUCAUUAUUUUAGGUCCUGAUUCAUUAUUUGUUUUUGGUGAUGAUGAUAAGUAAGGUGAAAUAACAGAUACUAUAAUUUAAAUUGUUAGAAAAUUAAAGUAAAAUAACAGAUUAGAAUAAGGGGACAGAUUCUAAUAGUCGUAUCCUUAUAGAGAAAGUUCAAAUCAUCCAUUUUUAUGGAAUUAAAAUGUAAAUUAGAAAAUGUCUAUUCCUUUCUAAAAUAACCCUAAAAAUUACUAUUAAGAUUAGUUUGCAUAUUAUGAUAAGAAAUAAUUUGAAUAACGUCCCAUUUAAUAGAAAUUUGGAACUAGUAUAAAUGAUUAAUAGUCAACUCAUUAUUAAUAUCCAAAUAAUACUUUGACAGAAGAAAUUGUUUAGAAUGAAGAUUAAAUUGAUAUUCCAUUAAGAAAUUAUAAGAGAUGUUAUAAAAACUAAGAUAAUAAUUAGCCUACACAUAAGAAUUCUAAUUAAAAGAGAUAUAGAUAACGGUAAGUUAAAUAAGAGAUUCAGGAAUUAGAUGUUUCUUUGUAUGUUCCCAAAUUUCCUCAAAAUAACUUUGUUUUCUAAUAUAAUUAAUAAUAAGAAGAAGAGAAAUCUUCAUAAUUAUUAUUCAUUGAAGAAUUAAAUAAGGUGAUUAAAUGUUAAGUAAUUAAAAUAGAACUAUUUUAAUAUUAAAUAAUUUAUACUUAGAACAAUUGUAAAAAUAACAUGAAAAUCAAUUUUACAGAAUUUAAGUCAUCUUUUGAAGAAUUUAUGAAAAAGUUCUAUAAUCAAAAACCUGAAAUAAUUUUAGAAUUUGAUACUGAGAAUAUAAAAAUUAAUGUAAAAUUUAAACAAUAAGAAGACAUUCAUUAAAUAAAGAAUAUUUUCCAUAAAUAUUUUUUAUAAUAAAUGUAUUAUGUCACUUAAUAUUCCACCUAAGCAUUGAAUUUCAUUGAUAUUUUGAGGUUAAAUAGUAAUGUAGAUUAUUUUUCAACUAAAACAGAGUUAUCAGGAUUUUUGGAUGAAAUUUAAUUUUAAGAAUUAGUUGAAAUAUAGGAAGGUUAAUAAAUGGCAAUCAAAAUUUACAACUUCUCAUAUAGGAAUUAUAAAUUAUUAAAGGAGAAGUUCAAUAAUUUUGAGAUUUCUUAAUCUUUUUAAUAGAACUCUUCCAUUUUAGAUAUAUCUAAAUAAGUAGCAAAUAAUAAGAAAGUAAUUAUUAUUUCAGAAAAUUAAUUAAAAUAUUUAAAUUAAGAAUUUGUCGAUUUAGAAGCAUGUUAAUUAAGAAAAUAUAAAGAAUAUUUUAAGAUGCCCUUUUAUUUUGUAUAGAUUGAAUAUAUAGAAGAACUUCUUGAAUAAGCAAAAGUAGAAUUUAAAAGAAUGAAUUAAUAAUAUGUGGAGACUUAAGUAUAAGCAAAAGAAAAAGAGAAUAAAAAGGUUUGGAUGAAAGAGAUAAGAAAAGAUCAAAGUUAUUAAGCUUCAAAAUUAUAUUGUUAUAAUAUGAUGUAAGCAUUUAAUAUAAAAUUACUUAAUGAUAUAAAUGAAAUUGAAAUAAAUACAGAAGAAUAUUAAACUAAUUAAAAUUUAUCCAUGUAUUAUGAAGCAAUAAUAGAUUUGGGUGAUAGAGAAUUGAAUCCUAAUGAUCCUAAAAGCAUUGAGAAUUUGUUAUUUAAUUCAGAUUGUAAAUGUAAAUUUAUCCAAACAAAUAUCAUAGUUGAACUUAAAGAAAUAAAAUUAAUUGAUUUGCCAAUAGGAACAUUUAUUACAUUGUGGAUUCGUAAUUAGAGAGAUAUUUUGGUCGAAUUUAGUAAAAUUAAAAAAAAUGAUAUCUUACCAAGGUAUAUAAUAUUAUUAUUGUAGAGGAUAUAUCCAGAAAAAGUGA